UGUAGUAUCCUGAAGUACGAGGUUGUGCUCGACUGAUGGUGGUAGGAAUUUUCACCUUUCGGUAUCGCACAUUAGUCGAGUACAGUGAGUAGCUUGGUAUGCACGGGACGGUUCGUCGUUGCUGUUGCUUGCAGCACGUCAUGCGAUUCUACCGAAAGAGCAGCGUGAAUAAGUGAGAGAUCGCGAGGAAAUGUUUUGAAAAGCAGUUUGAAUUAUAAUGCUUCCUCACGAUCAAAAUGAAUUAAAAUUUAAAUUGUGUUUCUGUUCAACGAUGAAAUAAUUGAAUCAAAUUGAAUCAUUUAAACGGUGAAAGAGAAAUUAAGUGAAUGAAAACGGAAUUGUGGUAUUUUGGAAUUCAAAAGCAAACAAGGAACGAAAAUCAUCUCGAAAUGGAAAAGGAGCACACGGUACGUCGAAAUGUAAAGCUAUCGAGAAAGCCGACUUCAUGAAAUACAACGGCAAAAAAAAAAUCCGAAACGCACUGCAAGGAAUAAAAUGAGCCGUGAAAGACCCGGCGGUAAUUGUGAAGCUGGCAAAGGCAAAUGCAAAAAGUGAUUAGCAGUGGUUCCUUAAACGAAUAUAGUCUUUGUGUUUAGCUAGUUGAAGCAAUAUGAAGUAAACGUGUAACGCAGGGCAAUUAUGUGAAAAACGUACGUGUGGAAUACAAUAAUUUGUUUUCAGUUCGCUCUGGUCCAAUGGAAUAUUGGCACGAAGCCCAGGCGUAAGGGUGAAGAAUUCAUCUGCCUGGAAAGGAGUGUAUUAUGUGUACGCUUCGAUGUUGCACCAAACAACCAUUAAUGCAAGGAAAUAGAGGAUACUGUGAUUCGCAAACGAUGAGGAAGAUCGGCAUUGAACCGUUUCACCGUUGGCUAGCGCUUUUGCGAAAACGGAGAUUUACCGACGGGAUUGGCAAAAGCGGCAUAGGCACAUUCACCACCAUUGGACUUCGACUACUUCUGGUGUUGCAUGCUGUUGAAGCUCUUCAAAAUCCACGUAUUAUAGAGCAUCCAAUCGACACCACCGUGCCACGCCAUGAGCCUGCCACACUCAACUGUAAAGCGGAAGGGAUACCCCAGCCGACUAUUCAGUGGUACAAGGACGGCGCACCAUUGAAGAUACUCCAGGGAUCGCACCGGAUAGCACUACCAGCCGGUGGUUUGUUUUUUCUGAAGGUUGUAAAUUCGCGGAGAGAAAGCGACGCAGGGGUGUAUUGGUGUGAGGCACGGAACGAGAACGGAAUUGCCAGAAGUAGGAACGCUACCCUACAAGUAGCAGUAUUGCGAGAAGAGUUUCGACUUGAGCCCCAGCAUACACGCGUAGCACAGGGGGAAACAGUGCUACUAGAAUGCGGCCCACCAAAAGGAAUUCCGGAGCCGACGUUAUGGUGGCGGAAAAAUGGUCAAAAACUAGAAGUUGAAGCUUCGAAACGCAUUCGUAUUGUGGAUGGAGGUAAUUUAGCAAUUCAGGAUGUACGUCAAACUGACGAAGGACAAUACCAAUGCAUUGCAAAAAAUUUGGUUGGCGUACGGGAAUCAGCAACGGCUUUUCUCAAAGUUCAUGUAAAACCAUUUCUGAUACGAGGACCGCAUGAUCAAACUGUUGUCGAAGGUACGUCUGUAACAUUUCAAUGUCGAGUAGGUGGGGAUCCGAUGCCGGAUGUACUAUGGCGUCGAUCGGCAUCAGGAGGCAACAUGCCAUUAAAUCGAGUGCAUAUCCUGGAGGACAGGAGUCUACGGUUGGAGGAUGUAGUUCUGGAUGAUGAGGGAGAGUAUAGCUGUGAGGCUGAUAAUGCUGUCGGAGCCAUCUCAGCCACUGGCACAUUGACCGUCCUGUCUCCUCCCCAUCUUUCGAUAAGACCAGUCCCACAGGUAGUAGAAGCACCGCACGAUGUUUCGUUCGAAUGUAAAUCAGAAGGCAGACCAAAACCAACUACAUUUUGGUCUAUAGAAGGUAACAGAACACUGAUCUUUCCCGGCACGUCCGUCGAUCGAUUCGAGACUACAUACACUCAGGAAAGUCUCACUGUCUUGACGCUAACUCAAACUACAAAAUCUGAUAACGGUCUUGUGAUCGUUUGUAGUGCCGUAAACAGUGUCGGAUCUGUCAGUGUUCGAGCCCGCUUGAUGGUAGCUUCACAGGAUGAUCGACCCCCUCCAAUCAUUAUUCUUGGUCCUACAAACCAAACUCUUCCCUCAAAGUCAACAGUAUCGAUGGCUUGCAAUGCGGUUGGUAAUCCUUAUCCGUUCAUUUCUUGGUACCUGGAUGGCAAUCCGGUCGCACCAUCGGAACGAAUUAAUAUAACGGAAAAUGGAACGCUCUUAUUACGAGAGCUUGAAAAAGGAACCGAUCAAGGGCUCUACACGUGCGUAGCCAGCAGCCGCAGUGGGAAAUCUACGUGGAGUGCGUUCCUGCGCGUUGAGUCACCCACGAAUCCGAAUGUUAACUUUUAUCGGGCACCUGAACCAUCCGAAUUCCCAAGCGCCCCGGGAAAGCCACAAAUUGUUAACAUUAGCAACAGCUCCAUUACCAUCUCUUGGCUGCCCAGCAUCAAAUCCGGUGCUUCCGAUAUCAAUGGUUACCUGAUUGAAGUAUUUUCAAGUGAUAUGGCCAAAGGGUGGACCACAGUCCCGUUCAAGGUUUCGUCCACGAGCUACAGUUAUUCUCCGAUUUCUCCAAACGUCAGUUACAUUUUUAUCGUUCGAGCAGAAAACGACCAGGGACUUGGUAUUCCGAGCCUCAUGUCCGAUCCGGUUUCCAUUGGAAGAGAAUUCAAUCAUGGAGAAGACAUCAAUCUCAGUGAAGCGCAAGCAACACUUUCGUCAGGGCAGGUGGUCAACCUCCUUGAAGCUAAUGCAACCGAUGCUACCAGUGUGCGACUGGCGUGGGAGAUUGUUAACGGGCAGUAUGUGGAAGGGUUCUAUAUUUACUCGCGCAAGGUAAACUCCAACGGAACGUAUCGAACUUUGACAGUUCUACAUGGUGGGGGUGCUUCUGCUUGUACGAUAAAUGGAUUAGAAAAGUUUACCGAAUAUGAGUUUUUCCUUGUACCAUUCUACAAAACAAUCCAGGGACGUCCCUCGAAUUCUAGAUCAACGUGCACUUUAGAGGAUGUUCCGACGGCAUCACCAGUAAAUCUGGAAGCAGUUCUACUGAAUACCUCAGCAGUUUACCUCAAGUGGGAACCGCCGAGUAACAGCACGAUAAAUGGAAAAUUGAAACACUAUCACAUCAUCAUCAGAGGUUACGACGUUCACAACAUAUCCAAAGUUCUUACCAAUAUGACUGUCGACGGAGAAGCACCAAAGUUACUGCUUGCUAAUCUGUCUGCUGGUGUAACGUAUUCUGUCAGUAUUGCAGCGUCGACAAAGGUCGGAAUUGGUCCAUACAGCAUUCCUUCGAUUUUGAGGCUAGACCCUCACACUAGGCGGCUUGAUCAUGGGUACACAAGAUAUCCAAUAAACCAUGACUACUCACACGAUAUACUAACGCAAACAUGGUUUAUAAUUCUGCUCGGUUCCAUCAUCGCCAUUAUCGUCUUUUUGUUCGGUGCCAUCAUUAUUUUCCGCAGGAUACAAUUUAUGAAACACAGCUCGUUGAACAAUAUGCACGGUAAUCACGCUAUCGGAACAGUCCGAAAGUUUCCUACUCUACCACUGAAUCCUAAUGGUGUGUGGAUCGACCCGGGAGGUGGAGUUUGGCGACAAGCGAAUGACAUUACUAAGGAAGUCAUCACCGACUAUGCUCAGGUUUCUGCCGCCCCAACACUUCCACUUCCGGAUUAUGAAAGAUUGUCCCCGCUGAAUAUGCCUGACUACGCGGAAGUGGCUGGGUGUUCAUCAUUCAAAAACGAUCUGGGACAAUCGGACCCUUGCUAUGACAACUACGGGGCUUACGCUUCAACCACGCUGGUAGGCCGCUCGGUGCAACUGUACGCCCAAAACCAAUUCGAUGGCAAAAAUGUCUACUCAGCGCCCACCGUUGUUACGGCCGCGGCAGUGUCCGGUGGAUGUCACUACAAUAAUUUCAUAAAUCAACAACAUCAACAGCGCCACCAGCAGCAAAUGCAAGCCCAGUACGGUCUCCAUGGAACCCAACAGAUGCAUGCUCAGAUACAGUCGCAACUGCAUCAGCAACAAAUCGGUGUGCACGAUAAAAGGGAGCGGGAUGCUAACGGACGUCCGAUCGGUGGUGGUGGAGGUAGCAUAAAAAGCCAGAAAAUGAACAUCAUCGAAAAUCGGAUGGCCGACAUGUUGAACAAUUUGAAUCAAUGUUCAUCGUCGGGCCCUACGGCAAGCUAUAGCACCGGUGGUGGCAUGGGCUCGUCGUACGGUGGCUCAACGGUAAGUAAUCUCAACAGUGGAAGCCACUGUAGCCUACUUCCGGCGGGCCAACCGAUGGCAGCCUCGUCGACGCUGACAAUGGAUGUGAUGAACAGCAUGUCUGGUAGUGUGCCGGGUAGCGGUGGUGCAAUCGGUGGAGGUAGCAGCAGUGUACCCCAUACACCGCUUUUUGGCACGAUUAAACGAACGACCAAGUACAACAAAAUAGGAUACAAUAAGGAUAAUAAACUCAAUUUUGGCGAUAAUGGCCGAUCGGUCGAGCAGCCGUUGUUCGUCAAGUCCAAGUACGACGGUACCUGGUCGUCCGUGCCGAGCUCGGUCACGAUGGCGUCAGCAGCCAGCAGCAACAUGAUUAAUAAUUCGCCAUAUCAACAGCAGCAACAGCAGCACCAGCAGCAGCAGCAGCAGCAUCUUCCAGUUCCGCCCCUUUCGAGCACCAACAGUAUCCAUCAACAGCAGCAGCUUUUGACAACAGUAGGCCCACCACACCCGCCUCCUCCACAGCUUCCACCAAUUCAACAAGCGCCUUCAGUAGUUCAUCACUUUCCUUCGAGUCACCACCACCACUCAACUUCCGUUUCGUUGUUUCAUGGUGGCAAAGAAUCAUCCCGAUCGCCAUCCCGUGUUUCGCCUACUACGCACAGUCUGCAAACAAAUAAUUUAGAUAACCAUCCACCGCAGGAGUGCAACAAUGAAACAAACACAAUCACUAAUGGUCAGGAAGCUUCUAUUGGUUUUUCUGGGAAUGCAAAUCAUCCGUUGCAACAAACACAUCAAUUAAGUGGAGACACCAAUGUAGAGAAUGUAUAAAUUUGAGUACUUCUGUUUGUAGUGCCAUAAAAUAGUGGAAUUUUAUUUGACCCUAGCUGUCACCAUUUUAUACUCAGAGCAAUGUGAUUCCUUUUGUUCAAUUGAAACCUUAUACUGUGUCAUUUAUGUUUUACUUAAAAAUUACCCAUGAAUCCAUUCAAAUUGAAUUAAAAUUAAUUGAUCGCGUAUGAAUUAUCACUAAAUCGUACUCAACUUUUCAUAACUUACUACACAUAUAAAGUUGAUCAAUACUUUUGCGAAACUGCAAUAAAACUAGUGCAAUAAAACAAUACAUAUGUACAAUUACAUUGCUCUGAGAUAGAGAAAUGGCAUUUUGGAGAUUAUAAUAACUUGUUUAGUUUAUUUAAUUUGCAUUAUUGAAGAAGACUUUAAAUCCACAUAAUGCUUGUAUAUAUUGCAAAUAUAUCUAUCAUACUAUGUGCAAUCUGACCAAUGCUUGAGUAUUUUCUAUACAUAUAUACUUUUGGGUUUUUUAAAUGUUUGUAGUUUUGCAACCCACUGGAAGUUAAAUCAUGACCCCUAAUAUAGUUUAAAUAGCCUGCUAAAACUGAAUAAAAUAGGACAUUUUCUCUUACAAACUCAUGAAAGAACAUCGCAAGUAUCAAACGAUAUAUUUUCCCUACCGGCUUUCAUAAAGAUAAACAGUCAGUUGUGGAUCGAUGGUAGCGAAAACAUUUAAAAAGAAACAUAUCGAAACACACUUAUCCUGGACAACGCUUUAGCGUUAUGUUCGUUUGGCAGCACGAUGACCAAAUUAUUUCACUGGUGUACCUACCAUGUUUAGCAAGUGUACAUAGCUGCUGCUAAUGCAAUAGAUUAGAACUGAAUGAACUGUACUGAAAUUACAUAAAACGUUUUUUUAAUCAUUUCAACAAAAAAUCUUUUGUUUAGUUUAUGGUUUAAAAAUUAUAUAUGAAUGAUUACAACGGUAAAGUAUCCGCAAUCACUCAGCAACCAAAUAAUGUGUUCGCCUAUUAGAUUAAUUUUCGUUGUACACUUUAUUUCCCAAAAUAUUGUAGCUCUCUUUAGAUUUACACGUUUGAUUUUAUGCAACGAAAAUUAAAUGAAAUAGGAACACGAAUUAUGUCUAAUCCUAAUUCCAUGACGAUGAGAACAUACCCUAUAGCUAUCAAAAUGAAGCGAGUAAACAAAAUCAUUUGACUGAUUAUCGUAAUUGACAAAUGGGUCGUAGGUAAUGAGACACACAGAUAAUUAUCCUGCCGCUGCCACGCAUUGCUAUUAUUAUCUGGUAUUUGUAGGCAAAUUACUUCCACACGUGUUUUUGUUUUGUUUCAAUAUGGAGAAGAAAUGUAAACAUAGGCAAAAGGAAUGGAUUGAUCGAUGGCGGAUGAAAAGUACAUAUUAAGAGCCAGUCCCAAUCGUAAAGAAAAGAGAAAGAUGAAUAAAAGAAAAUGAUGAUAUUUUUAACGAA